UUAGCUGUUGAAUUGAGUAUAUUUUAGCCCGCAUGAAUUACCUUCCCUGUUGAUAACAUGUUGUACCUGGAGUUUUGAUCUUCAUAUUUCAAAGUACAUUUUUUAUAUUUCCUUCUUUUCUGAAGACUGUCAACCGAAUAUCCACCCAACUUUUUUUUAUUGCUGUAAAUCACCUCACACCCUGUGGCAUUUUUCUCAUUUCUCAUGUCUCCCUUUUCAUUUUCUUUUCUUUGAUACAUUUUGCAGAAUACUUAAGAUUUUACAUGACACUUGGUCGAAACAACUGCCCAUAAAAACCAUAAAGCCAAAACGAAUAUAAAAAACAUAGAUACAAAAAUGGAGUCCUUUAGAAAGUUUGGAAACAGACGGUUUACACUAAGGACAUGACAGUACGUGUUCCCCUGAGUCAGUGGACACACCCUAUACCUACGUGUUGUGUCUCAAUGGUGAAAAAACAUCCUGUGAAUUCAUUGAGCCCUCGGGCUACUUUUUUGGUAGAGGUGUUACAAAGGGCAGCUAAAUGAAGACAUGCACACUUCACUUUGUUUGGGUGUUUUUUGUCAGCCUUGGGAUCAUUAGCUUAGCUAAACCUGCUAACAUCAGAAGUAUAAUGAUGACAGUUUUCUAGAUUUACAAAUAAACAUCUAGCUCCAUUGGACACACAUGGCUGAGGCUGUGGCCAUGUGAUGAGAUUGGAGUUGACCUCACCAUCACCCCCAAGACUGCUGGGAAUUGAACUUGAAAAAAGAAAUCAGACGUGUUUUUUUUUGUUUUUUUAAGUCAAGUCCAUUUUAUUUGUAAAACCCAAAUUCAUAAACACAUUUGCCUCGAUGGGCUUUACAGUUUUAGAAUUAGCAUUAAAACUGUAAUGUACAUACAGGUAAUAUUAUAUAGACUUCACAUUUACAAAAUAAAAUACAGCAGUGUAAGUUUCACAAAUAUUAUUUAAAAAAUAAUUUAAUCAACCAAGCCUUUGGAAACAGUGUGAAGAAGAAGAAAAAACCCUGAGAAGAUGAAGGAUGAAUAAUUUUUUCAGUUUGCAACAAUUAGGUGUCUCCAUCUAUCGGUGUAAUUGUUGAUUCAUAGUGAACAGGGUGCGGUGUUGAAGGGUGUGACUCUGACACACACUGUGUCAUAUACUGUAGAGGUGAGACAGUGUCUAUAAAGCAGAAGGCAAGUCCAAACGUACGUUUAAACACUGCACAUACCUGCAGUCAUAGGAGGCAGCUGUCUGCGUCCCCUACCAGAGGAAAAAAACCAUGUGGGCACUUUUACUUUUGAGUGCAGUAGCUACACUAUCACAGGCCCAGACUGACUGCUCUCGAGGGGCCUGUUACCCACCCAGCCAAGACCUUCUCGUGGGUAGAUCCCACCAACUUCAUGCCUCUUCUACCUGUGGCCUUACAGGCUCUGAGGUCUACUGCACUUUAUAUCGCCAGGGAAGCAUGAAGUGCUGUCCAUGUGACUCAAGAGACCCAAAUGGUCCUCUGGCACACACUGUCCAGGAGGUACUGUCUAAUGCUGGACCUGGAAGAUGGUGGCAGUCCAAGAAAGAGCUGAAUCCUGUCAGCCUCCAGUUGGAUCUCAACAGCCUGUUCCAGCUUGACAACCUGGUUCUUCGCUUCAAGGGUCCUCGACCCAGUGCUUUGAUUAUAGAAAGGAGUCUGGAUAAUGGCACAACAUGGAAGCCUGCCCUCUACCUGGCCACGGACUGUCAGAGCAGUUUUCCUGACGUGUCCACAACAACACCUCUAACUACAGAUAAGACUUAUUGCCAUGCACUGCCCCCCACUGGAUUGGACCCCUAUAAAGACCACACAAUAGAGUUCAGCCCUUUGCGUCAGUACACUUAUGUUUCAGCUCCAAACAGCCAGAAAAUUGAAGAUGUUUCUGGAUUAACUGGGCUGAGGGUACAGCUAGUCAAACUUGGGAAUCCCCCACACCUACCAGGCAGAACUCUAAGUAGGUUUUAUGCCCUGAAAGAGAUGAGUGUGAUGGGAAGCUGUAUGUGUCAUGGACAUGCCAACCGCUGUCUGCAGGACACGUCAGACAGACAACCAUCUGUACAGGUGUAUCCUCAGUGUGACUGCCAGCACAACACAGCAGGUGUCAACUGUGAGCGCUGUGAUGAUCUCUACAAUGAUCUGCCCUGGAAACCUGCCGAGGAGGGACAUACUCACGCCUGCAAACGCUGUGAGUGCAACAACCAUGCCGAGCGCUGUCAUUUUGAUCAGGCUGUGUAUGAGGCCAGUGGUCGGAAAAGUGGAGGCGUGUGUGACAGUUGUCAGCACUUCACAACAGGACCUAAGUGUGACCAGUGUGCAGCAGGAUACCAGCCCAACCCCUGGAGCAGAAUGGACCGUCCUGAUGCCUGCAUCCGAUGUCCCUGUAGUGCUGAGGGCUCGGUGAAUGGCAAGUGUGAGGACAGCACAGGUUCAUGUCAGUGUAAAGUAAAUGUGGAAGGACGUCAUUGUGACCGCUGUAAAAGGGGCUUCUAUGGUCUGAGUGAAUCCAACCCUCAGGGCUGCACCAAAUGUUCCUGUUCUCCAGACGGCUCUCUGUCAGACGUCUGUGACCAACUGACCGGCCAGUGUCGCUGUCGUUCCCACUUUCACGGCCAAAACUGUGAAGUGUGUUCAAACGGCUACUGGAAGCCGUCUGGGUCGAGUCAGUGUAAACCCUGUGGCUGUGACUCAACCAGGUCGUACAGUGACACAUGUGAUCAGGUCACGGGUCAGUGUCGAUGCCGACCAGGCUUUGGAGGCCUCACAUGUACAGAGUGUCCAGAAAACACAUACGGAGACCCUGAUGUUGGCUGCAAAUCAUGUCGGUGUGACAGAGAAGGAACUCUCGCUGAGGUUUGUGACAAGCAGACAGGAGCUUGUUUGUGUCGACCGGGUGUCACAGGGACUCGCUGUGACAGCUGCCGAAGAGGACACUGUGACCUCUUUCCAGUCUGUGAGAAAUGUCCCUCCUGCUUUUUCACCCUGGAUCAACAAAGAGAGAACAUCAGCUUGGCUCUAGGAAUACUCACCUCCAACCUCCUGCCUUCACGUCCAUCUGACUUUGGGCCCAAAAUCUUAUCUCUGGAGAUCAAAGCAAGAAGGAUUCAGAAUUUUAUCAAUCUUCCACCAAGUAUCAGUCAACAGAUUGAAGAGGCUCUUUCUACUCUUCAUGAGCUCGGGGAUCAUGUAGAACGGGUUGAUGAUAGUCUUUCACCUUUUACCUACACUAAUUUUGGCAAAGAUGUGGACAAGCUGCAAAGUCUGCUGGACAGCCUCACCAAAUUUUACAACGUACAAGUAGAUACCAAGACCAACAUCACUGAUCCCAGCGUUGUAGGAGGUUUUUCUGAAAUUAAGAACAACUACGAUCGGUCAACAAAUGCAUCCAAGACAGUUGACGAAAGUGACGACACAGUGAAAAGUUCAGCUGAAAACAGACAAGACGUAAAUAAUCUUACAAACAAGUUUCAACCAGCUAACACAGAGGAUCUGAACCGACUGAACCAACACAUCGGCACCCAGCCAGACCUCACUCCUGUUGCCAAAAAGAUUUGUGCCAGUGACCGCACAGAGCCCUGCACUCCACUCAAGUGUGAUGGAACUGACUUGUGUCGCUAUUGUAGAAGAGGGGAAAAGUGCGAUGGAGCUGUUCCUUUGAGCAACAAGGCAGAGGCUGAUUCCAGAAAUGUCAAAGAUCAACUAGACAGGCUAAAUAAAAAGAUCAUAGAAGCUGAAGAAAAGCUCCAGGAAGCACAGGAGACAACCAAUCAAGUUAGAGUGUCCACAGAGAAGCUGUCAAAUAAGACGAAGAAAACCAGGGAUAAGAUAGAACAGGAACUUAAAAAUGCAGAAGACAUUAAAAAACAGUUCAUAGACUUCCUGUCAGAUCCAUCCUUAAACCUGAGCAAGAUUCAAAGUGUCAGCGACAAGAUUUUAAAGAUUAAUCUGCCUCUCACCCUGGCUCCUCUGAAAACUAAGCUGGAAGAGAUGAAGAACCUUGCGGCUAGUUUGCCAGACAGCAGAGCAGUGUUGAAGGAGGCAGAGUCACAGCUAGAGGCCGCUAGAAACAUGUUAAAAGAGGCUGAGGCUGCCAGGGACACCGCAAUAGGAGUUAAGGCUGAUGUCGACGGUCUCCUGUCAGGUUUCAGCUCAACAGAGAACUCCCUUUCUGACCUUGAGGACAGACUUCAGAACAGUAUGGAUCUUAUAGACAACCUGAAAGUCAACCUUACACAGGUCAGAGACAAGCUGACCCCUGCAGAGAAAGCACUAGAGGAUGCAUCCACACUAGUGAAACCCAUGAAACCUCAACUGGAAAAAGUAAAGGACCUGCUUUUAAACGCAGAGCAACAGGCUGAGGAUGCACUAGAAACUGCAGCUAAUGCUACAGACGAAGCAGAUGCUGCUAAUGAGGACCUCUUGUCCCUGGAAGACUUGCUAGACCGACUUAAAGACAAGCCUUCAACCGGUGGGGACAUGGGUUUGGUGGGAGAACGACUGGCAAAGCUGCAGCAGGAUGCUGGAGCGCUGGCCAACACCACUGCCAACAUGAUGGAUGCUAUAAAUGGUAAAGCAGAUUCUCUGAGGCAACUCCAGGACCAGAUCAUCCACAAGUCCAAAGGACUGGAAGGACUUGAUAAUAAACUCAAAGAUAUUUUGUCUAAACUUCAAAAGAAAGGCAUGGACCUGAGCACUUGUCGAGGCUGAGGCCUCACACCCUUAAGCAGCUGCUGUUACUACAACAAGCACCUUGCAUUAUUUAUAGACCCCGCUGUCACACACAUGCUCCUCCCUAGCACUGUAACACUGGCCUUGAGUGUUUUCUCAUCUGUGAUUUUGUACGUCAUAUAUAAAUCUUUUAGGGAGAGAUUGGGGAGUUUUAAGUAUGUGUUUUUACUAACAAAAAAUGUCUGAGUACCUUAUUUAUGGGAUAAGAUUGCAUUGGAUUUGUACUAGGUACUGAUGUAGAUUUAUCCCAAGUCAUUCUUAGAGAGUUUUUCAUUUCAUUAAUCUAUGUUAUCUCAAGACUCACUUUUAUUAGCAGCUCAAGUUUGUCAGUAUUCUAUACCCCACACCAAAGUCUAGAGAAAAAGUAAUAAUCAAAGUUUAUAACUCAUGUGGAUGCAAAAUCAGCUGGCCGUCUGCUGCCUCUCACUGAAUUGGUGAAGGUAAAUCUCUGAACAUUUAAAUGACUUACUGAUGAAGGCCGCAAAGGACUAGAAACUCUAUGACGAGGUUACAUUAUUGUCAGGUGGACAUAAUGUGUUGUUCUGUGUUUCACCACUGAAUGGACCCUUACCACGCAGUGCAGGAUAGAAGCUGUAUUUGUACUUGUAUAGUAAUACAGUAACAAAGGCAACGUCAACCAGUGGUUCUAACCUUUUUUGGCAGCUCUGCCAGAACAAACACUUAAAUUAGCCUUUCACUUUACAGUGAACAUUUCAACACACUGUAUUUUUGUCCUUGUUGUUGUCAGUGUUGUAUCUAUUAUUUUUUAGUUGAUGUACAAGUCCUGUAAUAAAUGCAUGUUUGCACUUUG